AUGCACACGUGGUGUUGGGUUCUGUUUGUCACCUUGAGCGUCGCUCACGAGGAUAAGGUAAUAGUUGGCACGUUUUUGUUUACGGAAGGGCUUUAAAGGUUUUUUGCUUUUUGAAAAAUUGUUUUUGGCUUAAAAGUUUGGCCUGAUAGUGUUCUUUAUAUUCUACAGUAAUAUUUUCAAACUGUUCUUUAAAUUUAAAGUUAAAAAAUGUUUUUUGGUUGUAGAGAUUGAAGGAAUCGGCCCAACUUUUAUUCGAAUUCCAUAAAUGGUGGAAGAAAGCGGCCGAGCAGAUUCGAGCGACUGUCAACGAAACUGGCAGAAAGAUAGGUGAGGCACAAAGAUUACCUUAGGGUUUUAAGCAAUAAUCCUAAAAGAUAUUUAUAAUAGGCUCAAAAUGAGAUUUGACAUACAUUAAUGUAUCUGAUACAUUCAUAUACAUAUUUUUUGAGCAGAAAAUAAACAAAGUAAAAUACAAAAAAAGCAAACUUUGUAAAAUUUCGCCUACUUUUUAUAACUAUACUUUAAAAUUUUAAUUAACCUUUUUCUUCCUACUUUUUUACAAACUUUUAGACCCAUCCUUACCUAAAAGCGUUUUAAAGGCAUUCAAAGAGUUUGGUCAACUCAUUUGUAGUUUUAAAUGA